UUAGAGUAUAAAACAGAAUUGGGAACGAAAGCUUAGCAUCAGUGUACAGUGGUCUUCGCAACAACAAGCACAACUCAAAGCAAAGCUAUCAGCCAUUCAAAUAGGCAACAUUUAGUACCCACAACAACAACCUGCACAAAAUGAAAAUCGUAUUUUUUGCUGGACUCAUCUGCGCUUUGUGCUUACUCAGCCUCUCAAAGGCUGCACCCGCCGAUGGGGAUAGAGAAGUCGUUAGUUUCAAUGAACAAUUGACAGCCGAAAAUCCCGAAAAUUUAGUGACUUUACAUCGGCAGAAGCGUUUUACUUGCGAUGUGCUCAAGAGUCCGGCGGCCUGCUCCAGUCAUUGCGUGUUCCUCGGUAGAUGGCGGGGCGGUUACUGCCGUAGUGGAACCUGUAUCUGUCGUCAAUGAAGUGAAUAAAUAUUUUAUAUACCAA